AUGUUGUCAUUAUAUUAUUGCACCGUCAUUCUUUUACUUGUCACUCAUUCACUAUCAUUACCCAUUGGCCGACGCAUCCAGCAACGUGAUGUACCCGACUUUGUUCGCCGAUAUGCUCCCGUGGCAUACCUCUCCGCCACAGAGAAAUACUUCCCCUCCGACUUGACCACCCACCUCGCCAACUCCCACCCGGUCACCGGAUCCGGCGAUCCCAUUCCCUUCACUAGCCCCUUAUCCCUCACCAACCUCAACACCCUCUCCGACCAAACCGACAUCUACACCACUUCCAACACCGGCAUCCUCUCCCUCCCACCCUGGUUCCACGGCACAAAACCCUCUCCUGACGGCACAUUGGGCACGACACGCGCGUCGGUAAUAAUCACCGUCUCCAAACCCAACAACAUUCUCGACGUCUUCUACUUUUAUUUCUACACCUACAACCAAGGCAACUGGGUCCUGGACAAUCCAGCUCUCGAAUUCGGCAACCACGUCGGCGACUGGGAACACACGAUGAUCCGGUUCCAAAACUCGCUCCCGCAAUCCGUCUACUACAGCCAACACAGCACGGGCCAAGCGUUUUCAUAUUCGGCCGUGGAAAAAGCACCUGAUGGACUACGUCCUGUCGUCUACGUCGCGCGCGGGUCGCACGCUAAUUACGCCGUUCCAGGACCUCAUGAUCAUACGAUUCCAGGGUUUAAUUCUCCGGUGGGUCCGUUGAAGGAUCAUACGGAUCGUGGCGUUUAUUGGGAUCCGAGUGUGGGGGCGUAUGUGUAUGAGUAUGAUGUGGCGACGGGGAAGUUUCGGGCGUAUGACCAGAAUGAUCCGGUUGAGUUCUUGGGCUUUGAAGGGAGGUGGGGAGAUAGGCAGUUGGGGGAUAAGGAAAAGGGUCAGAUUAAUGUUUUUGGGGCGAGGAAAUAUACAGGUGGGCCAACGGGGCCGAGGGAUAAGAAGUUGGCGAGGGAGGCCGUUUGUCCUGAUAGUAAAGGGUGUUGGGUCAGGCCGGUUUUGAUGCCGAGAGAGGUGGAUGGUGACGAGGGAGGGGAUGUGAGAUGA